AUGUGUGGGAUAUUCGCAAUUUUCGGUAAUUCGGACAGCAGUGAUACAAAUUACACGGGAAAUGGCGCUACAAACGAUCAUGAAGAUUCAAUGAAAUCUUCUAAAGAGUCAUUAAGAGAAAUGGCAUUCAGAUGCUCGAAAAAGCAACGUCAUCGUGGACCUGAUAAAACUGGAGUCGUUCAUUUCGAAGACGACAAUGUAAUUUUAGUGCAUGAGCGAUUAAGAAUUGUUGGUGUUGCACAUGGCGAUCAGCCGUUGCAAAAUGAUAACGGAAAUGUCACUUUAGUAGCUAACGGCGAAAUUUACAACUUCUUACAAAUUUCCGAUGAGUUGUCAUUGUUUUAUGAUAAAAAGUACGAAGCUAGAAGCGACUGCGAUGUUAUUAUCGGAUUAUAUGAGAAAUAUGGUGAUGAUUUGGUGUAUCACAUGACUGGAAUGUUUGCAUUUGCAUUAUACGAUCGUAAGAAUAAAAAAGUUUUCGCUGCACGUGAUCCUUUCGGAAUACUUUCAAUGUAUAUUGGUGAAGACGUUUAUGGAAACAUUUGGAUAGCAAGCGAGAUGAAAUGUUUAGCGGAAAAAUGUUCAUACAUACAAAACUUCCCUACAGGAAGUUUAUUUUCUCAUCAACUUGGGACAUGCAACAAGUGGAAAUUUGAGAAAUAUUAUAAGAUUGAUUGGAUUAAAACUGUUCCCAAGCAAGCAGUUGAUUUGAAAAUAUUCAGAGAAUCUCUUGAAUCUGCAGUUCGUACGCAUUUACAAUGUGAAGUGAAGUUUGGUGCACUUCUCUCAGGUGGAGUUGAUUCAUCCCUCAUUGCUUCAAUUUCAAGUAAAAUCAUGAGGGAGAAAGAUCCAAAUUACAAGCUUCAGACAUUCAGUGUUGGAUUGAAAGAUGCUCCAGAUUUCAAGUAUAGUCGAAUGGUUGCAGACUUUAUUGGAAGUGACCAUCAUGAAGUGCAUUUCGAAGUUGAAGAUGGAAUUGAUUGCAUUCCGGAAAUAGUUUAUCAUCUAGAAACUUACGACAUCACGACAAUUCGUGCUUCAAUUCCAAUGUAUUUGUUAACUCGUUACAUCAAAAGUUGUGGACUGAAAAUGGUGUUGAGUGGUGAAGGUGCUGAUGAGAUUCUUGGUGGAUAUCUUUAUUUCCACAACGCACCGAAUCCUGAAGAGUUUCAUCGUGAAACAGUCUCGCGUGUCAUGAAUUUGUGGUCUUCUGACUGUCUUCGAGCCAACAAAUCAACGUUGGCAUGGGGUGUUGAAUUACGAGUUCCCUUCUUGGAUACAAACUUUGUCAACUAUUCAAUGAGCGUUCGUCCGGAAGAUCGCAUGAUAAACUCUGACAACAAAAGCAUUGAGAAAUUUAUCUUGCGUGAGGCAUUCGCAGAAAAUUAUUUACCUGAUGAAGUGUUAUGGCGUCAAAAGGAACAGUUUUCUGAUGGUGUCGGUUACAACUGGAUUGAUUCAAUUCGUUCUUAUGCCGCCAGUCACAUAAAUGAUGCACAAUUUGAACGUGCUAAAGAAAGGUUUCCAUUCAACACGCCACUAAGCAAAGAAGGUUUCUUUUACCGUGAAAUUUUCGAGAAAAUAUUCCCAAAUAAAUCAUGCAUAAAGACGGUACAACAGUGGAUUCCAAGACUUGAUUGGGGUUGCCCAGCUGACCCUUCUGGCCGUGCACAAAAGGUUCACCUCGCCACCAAGAGAAUUGAUGGAUGA